UCUAUCCACCCUGGCAGGAAUUUCUUGCUUGGAGCUCAGACAACAAAGGCAUAGAGAGAUUGGUUUUCUUUCUCUCAGCAUCUCCACCCAACCAGCAGAAAACCGGUCUCUGCGGUUCCACCAAAAUAUGGAACUUGAUUUUGGACAUUUUGAUGAAAGAGAUAAGACAUCCAGGAACAUGCGAGGCUCUCGGAUGAAUGGGCUGCCUAGCCCCACUCACAGCGCCCAUUGUAGUUUCUACCGAACCAGAACCUUGCAGGCUCUGAGUAAUGAGAAGAAAGCUAAGAAGGUACGUUUCUACCGCAAUGGGGACCGCUACUUCAAGGGAAUUGUGUAUGCCGUGUCCUCUGACCGUUUUCGCAGCUUUGAUGCCUUGCUGGCCGACCUGACUCGAUCUCUGUCUGACAACAUCAACCUGCCUCAGGGAGUGCGCUACAUUUACACCAUUGAUGGAUCCAGGAAAAUCGGGAGCAUGGAUGAACUGGAGGAAGGGGAAAGCUAUGUCUGUUCCUCAGAUAACUUCUUUAAAAAGGUGGAGUACACCAAGAAUGUCAAUCCCAACUGGUCUGUUAAUGUGAAGACAUCUGCUAAUAUGAAAGCCCCCCAGUCCCUGGCAAGCAGCAACAGCGCCCAGGCCAGGGAGAACAAGGACUUUGUACGCCCCAAGCUGGUAACCAUCAUCCGUAGUGGGGUGAAGCCUCGGAAGGCUGUGCGUGUGCUUCUGAAUAAGAAGACAGCCCAUUCUUUUGAGCAAGUCCUCACUGAUAUCACUGAAGCCAUCAAACUAGAGACCGGGGUUGUUAAAAAACUCUACACUCUGGAUGGAAAACAGGUAACCUGUCUCCAUGAUUUCUUUGGUGAUGAUGAUGUGUUUAUUGCCUGUGGUCCUGAAAAAUUUCGCUAUGCUCAGGAUGACUUUUCUCUGGAUGAAAAUGAAUGCCGAGUAAUGAAGGGGAACCCAUCAGCUGCAGCUGGCCCAAAGGCAUCUCCAACACCUCAGAAGAGUUCAGCUAAGAGCCCUGGCCCCAUGCGCCGGAGCAAGUCUCCAGCUGACUCAGGUAACGACCAAGACGCAAACGGAACCUCCAGCAGCCAGCUCUCUACCCCCAAGUCUAAGCAGUCUCCCAUCUCUACGCCCACAAGUCCUGGCAGCCUCCGGAAGCACAAGGACCUGUACCUGCCCCUGUCCUUGGAUGACUCAGACUCACUUGGUGAUUCCAUGUGAAGGAGGAGUAUUCAGAGUCCAGAGUACAAAUCCAAGCUUACAGUUAUAAUAGGGUACUUCUGCUCAACUGUACAACAGGGCUAUUGGUGCUUUCAAGUUUUUUAAGUUUUGUUAUUGUUGUUCUUAAAAACACACUGCAAUAUGUUGGAUUUAUUUUCCUGUGCUUUCUCCUCUGGGCCACUGAUCCACAGUUACCAAUUAUAAGAGAUAGAUUGAUAAUCAUCAUUUGGAGUAAUUUUCUAGGGAUGCAAAAUAUGCUCCUUCUUCUAAUUUCUCUUGAAUACUUAGGCACCUGCACUAUUUUCCCUGUCUCACUUUGCUCCUGCCCAAGAAUCUUCCUUCAGUAGAAUGUUGUUUAUACACAACCCUUAAAAUGUGUGCUUGGCGUAAGGAGGGGAGCUUCAUUCACAAAUUCUACAGUGACAAAUAAAAGUGCCCCUUGUCUCCUGAUCCCAAGAAUGCUGAAGGAUCCUGGAUGAACAGCAAGUAAGCUCCCCAGUCUUGCUAUUCAUUCCUGACCGAAACCCUAGUUUGUUGUCUAGCACUGAUUCUGGUGUCAAGGGGGAGAAACACCAGCAACUUGUAAAUCUGACACCAGAUGCUUAGAAAUCCAGUUCAGGGCUAACUAAAAAAGAUCAGGCAGAAUUGGGAAACACUGUAGACAUUUCAGUAGAGAUUAUAAAGCACAGUGAAUUCUUUGUCAACCUCUCCACUAGGGCAACUCGGAAUAAAUAAGCAAUUAAUAAAAUUUAGGAGUGAGGAGUUUAGAUUCCUAAGUGAGCCUGUCUAACAUAGCAAGUUAUUACACAAACUGUAUGGUAUCCAUCUAUCUCUGUUCUAUUGAAUGCCUUGUAAACAGCCAACACUGAAAAUACUGUGAGAAUUGUUUUCAGGUCUGACACCUUUCAGUCGCUUUUUAUAGCAAGAGACCAAUAUCCUUUUUAUAAAAACUUGUCGGUAUUUCCGGAGCAAACUCUUCAGGCUCCUUUUUUAUAAACUGGUGAUUUUUCUUUUGUCUAAAAAACACAUGCAGAAAAUUUACCAAAAAAAAAGCAGAAGAAUGCGUAGUUUAGAAAUCAUGCUGUCACUGCCAAACAGAAACCUCCAGGAGAAAACAAAAUAAGUAGCAAAGGCCAAUUCAAUAGAAUCAGACUUUUGAUAACUUUUUAACAGUUAUACUUUAAUAAUUUCAAUGUGGACCAGACAUUCUAAUUAUAUUUUGAAUGAAAUGUUAUGACAUAUUUUAAGCAACUCUUUUUUAUCUAUAUUCCUGAUAUUUCAUACUGAUACAGAAACCUUUCACUUGUCUUUAACAGUAGAAAGGAUUUCCUUUUGCUAAGGACUUAUCAUUUAAAAUAGUUUUUAGUCUUUGAGGUACAGGUUUAUCAAACUGAUUUUUAUCUGUAAUCAUAGCCCAUAAUGGCAAAAACAACUAAAUUUAAGUGAAAGCCAUGCAUGCCAAUUUUAUGUUUCCUUUUAGCAGAUGUGAAGCUUUCCUUAUUUCUUUGUAAUUGUUCAGAUAUUUUGAAGGAUGCAGCAUUUGAAGCCAAGCAGUUCUUUGGCUAUUGAAUGACUUGCAGUUGUUCUCCCUCUUUAACUGGAAUGAGCUUGCUCUAUGUGUGUAUGUGUGUGUGUGUGUGUGCUCACAUGUAUGUGUGCAUGUGUGCGUGCAUGCAUCCACAGCUGCUUCAUAACUAAGAGAUGUUACAGAAUACCCUGAAAUGGAUCAGUGGCAACUUGGUGAUUGCUAAUAAGUACUGUGUAGGAGGGAACUUGGUGGUGGAAGGGGUAACUCAGAUGCCCCUGGGAAAGAUGCCCUUAGCUACAGGACACAUUUUUGGUUCAAGAAGUAUCCAGGUGUUGGUAGUACUGGUUACUGUUGAAUUAUCUAUUUUCCUGGUCUGCUUUAUUUGUAAGUCUAGUAGAAACCAUUGAGAGGUCCGUUUUACUUACCCCAUACUUUUUUCCUUGAAGCUGAAUAAAUUUAGUGCCCAGAACAGCUUGUGUUACUUAGGGCCAUAAUGGUGAGGACUUGAGAGUGGUUGAAAUCUUUUUCUAAGCCUCAGGCUAUACCCACCUCAAGAUGUACCCAAGUAAUUUUACAGAAUUCACACUACCUUUCUUUUAAAAUGAGAAAAUGGAGGUCCAGGCAGCUAAAUAACCUGCUGAUAAAGAGCAAGGCUAGAGGAAGAAUCCUGAUUUACUUAUGUCCAGAUACUAUACUACCUCUUUGAGCAUUUCCUUGCUUGUCACAUAUCUACCAUUAGAAAAUGCUAAAGAAAUAUGUUAUCUUUAGAAAUAACUUUGAGUCAAAACUCUUCUAUAAUAAUGUUAGAUUGUCCAUCUUUCUUUUAAUCAAUUAUAAGGAAAUGCUUCUAUUCUGCCACUUCAGGGGCCUUGAUGUAGUUCAAAUUUCAAGCCUUCAAUGGUUGCAUCUUAAACUGACUCAUUUUUGAGGCAAAAAAUGGUAACAGCACUUUCAUCUGUGUCAUUCAUUCCGAAUUUUACCCAGUACUGUUUUACCAGUAGAGACCCAUUAUGUUACCUUUCUCACAGCCAGAAAAUAUGAAGUCGUUCAGCAAACAUAUGUUACCACUGCCCCCACUUCUUCCUCUCUCUCUCUCACAAACACACUCUCAAGAACAUGCACAUGCACACAUGCAUACACACAAACACAAACACAUACAAUCUGACUGAUGCUUGUUCCUACCUCCUGAUUUUUCUCCCUUACAGAAAUAUAAAUAGGGAAAAAGAAGGGGGAAAUGUAUAUAUGGGGCUGGGCUGAACAAUUUCAUAAGUAGUAUUAACUGAUGUAAAUUGAGAGAAAAGCUCCUUUUCUCAUCACUGUUUUGGAAAGGAUAGCCAUUAGCAUGACUGCUUCAUGUCCUUAAAUACAUUAAUAUUAGCCUAGGUUGAACCACAGAGUUUUCUAGCUGGAAGGAACCUUAAGAACACAUAAUUUACUCCAAAUUCAUCAUUUUAAGGUCAGAAAUGGAGAUCCAGAGGUCAUUUCCCCAAUGUCGCACAGGUGGCCAGGGCAAGACUGGGAUUAGAACCCACAUCUCCUGGCUCUUAUUCCAGGGUCUUUUCCCACUAAGCAGUUUUGUCUUCCAUUAAGGCUCCUAAGAAUUCUUUCCCAGGGUCAUGUUGCAUCUUGGAGCCAUAUGGUGUUGCCCUGAUCUGAGCAAGAAAUCCCCUGGCAACCUAAUACAGUGAUUCCUCCUUGUAUUCACAUGGUUUCCAUUCACAUGGACUGCAGAUGUACCCAAAGAAAAGGGGGCAUUCAAGACUACCAAAACAAUGGAUUCUAAUUUAGGGGAUCAUCACUCCAACUUGAGAUGUCUCAGAACAGCAUCCCUGAGGUUCUGCCAUGCCCACAUGAAAUGGAGGCAGACUCUUUUCUUUAGGCAGCUCAUAGCAUCUCAUAUUGGUUGGUUUUUGAAAGCUGAAUGAAAUGUUUCUUGUUAUUGGAGCAAAAAUAAGAAGGAAGGAAGAGCGUAACAAUAGCUUUGUUCAUUCUGAUUUUAUGAGAUGCUAUCUCAGUAUUUUUAAAUGACUGUGGCUGCCAUUCACUGUU